CUCGCCAUUUUUUUUUUCGCCCCACGUUUUCUAAUUCUGCCCCUGCCAUCCUUCGGCUCGCUCGCUUCCCCCUCCCCUCCUGCUCCUGCUACCCCUGCUACCAUAAAUACCCCCCGCCGGGGACAGCCCGUCCCCGUCGUCCUCCUCCGCCGCUCCACUCUCCUCCUCCCCCGCCCCCGGAGCACCCGCGAGUCCCGAGCGAGAGAUCCCCUUCCCACUCCACCCGGCGCCAGCUCUCGAUCGCCACCGUCGCCGAGCCGAUCGAUGGGGAGGGCGCCGUGCUGCGAGAAGGAGGGGCUGCGGCGGGGUGCGUGGAGCCCCGAGGAGGACCAGCGGCUGGUGGCCUACAUCCGGCAGCACGGCCACCCCAACUGGCGCGCGCUGCCCCGGCAGGCCGGGCUCCUCCGCUGCGGCAAGAGCUGCCGCCUCCGCUGGAUCAACUACCUCCGCCCGGACAUCAAGCGCGGCAACUUCUCCGCCGACGAGGAGGCCCUCAUCGUUCGCCUCCACCUCGAGCUCGGCAACAGGUGGUCCGCGAUCGCGGCGCAGCUGCCGGGGCGCACCGACAACGAGAUCAAGAACGUGUGGCACACCCACAUCAAGAAGCGCCUGGAAGACGACGCGGAGGCCAACGCCGCCGCCGCCGGCGGCGGCCGGCCGAAGCAGCAGAAGGCGCGCAAGAGCAAGCCCGCUGCCGCGGCCAAGAAGGCUACCGCCGCCGCCGCCGCCGUUUCGGACAGCAGCGAGCAGCAGCCGUUCACGACGGCGUCGCCGGGGCUGUCGAGCAGCGUGAGCAGCGGCGAGACGACGUUCUCCACGGCGACCGAGUCCACCGCGGCGGUGUCGUCGGGCGACAACGCGGCCACCACCAGCGCGAGCCCCCAGCCCGGCGCCGCCAAGGCGGAGAUGGAGAUGGAGAGCUUCAGCUCGGCCGAGUUCCCGCCCAUCGACGAGAGCUUCUGGUCGUCGCCGGACGUGGUAGACAUGGGCCUCGGCGCCAUGGACGAGGAGCUGGGCCUCGCGGGCCCGCCGUCGUUGUCCACGAGGGACGAGGACAUGGAGUUCUGGCUCAAGAUGCUGCUGGAGGCCGGCGACAUGAGGGACUUGAGCGUCUUGUAACAACAGCCAUUGCAGAAUCGAGCUUAGCUGCCACCGUGCAAGAUUAGAACCAUGCUUUUUUUUUUCUUUCUCUUUUUUCUGUUGUCUCUUUUCCCAUUUUCCGGCGAUGAGAAAAUGUUGGGAAAUUCGAUCGGGUGAUUUCACCCUUCUUAGAAAAAGAAUACUAGCGACAUUUCGUUUGUUCUUUAGCUGGCGAAUCAGAUACAGUGCACAUCUAUCCUGGAAAUGAGAUGGCCACACCGGUUAAAUGACAUAAAAUUUACCUUCCC